AGAAUCCUACAAAAGCAAGCAACCUCUCUUCUCUUUCCUUGGGAUUUUGUCAAAAAACAAGACCAAAGGAAGUAGAGGGAAAUACAGAAAUUCUUUAUUAAUUAUCAUAACAGCAGAAUCUGCCCGAUUCCCUUUGAUAACAAAAUACAAUUCUUAGGAUUUUUAGUUUACGUACUGCGUACUGCUGGGGAUGCGGGCAGAAGAGGGUGGAAAAGGAAAAGGAAAAGGAAAAGGAAGUUCAUGGGGUGGAGGUGGUGUUAUUAGUAGUUUGAUUAGAAGGAAGCAGGUGGAUUCUGUUCAUGCAAAGUCUUCAGCAGGUCACCAAUUGGCCAAGGCCUUGUCUGUUCCUCAUUUAAUUGCAAUUGGAGUUGGCUCAACCAUUGGAGCUGGAGUGUAUAUUCUUGUGGGAACGGUUGCUAGAGAGCAUUCGGGACCGGCUCUCACCAUUUCCUUUCUAAUAGCUGGAAUAGCAGCUGGUCUUUCAGCUUUUUGCUAUGCAGAGCUUUCAAGUCGUUGUCCAUCUGCUGGGAGUGCCUAUCAUUAUUCGUACAUAUGUGUUGGCGAAGGCGUUGCUUGGUUGGUUGGUUGGGCCUUGAUACUGGAAUAUACAAUAGGUGGUGCUGCUGUUGCUCGUGGCAUAUCUCCAAAUCUGGCUUUGCUUUUUGGAGGCCCAAAUAGUUUGCCUGCUAUUAUAGCCCGUCAACAUAUUCCUGGGCUCGAUAUCGACGUUGACCCAUGUGCAGCUGUUCUAGUAUUUAUUGUUACUGGGCUAUUAUGUGUUGGAAUCAAGGAGAGCACACAGGCACAAGUCAUUAUCACUACAGCAAAUGUAUGUGCUAUGAGUUUUGUCAUAAUAGCAGGUGGUUACCUGGGAUUCACAACUGGAUGGGCUGGUUAUGAACUUCCAACAGGGUAUUUUCCCUUUGGGGUUGAUGGGAUGCUUGCUGGUUCUGCAACAGUCUUCUUUGCAUACAUUGGUUUUGAUUCAGUUGCCAGCACUGCUGAGGAGGUGAAGAAUCCUCAACGAGAUUUGCCUCUUGGGAUUGGAGCUUCUUUGUUUCUUUGUUGUGCAUUAUAUAUGAUGGUCUCUGUCGUAGUUGUUGGUUUGGUACCUUAUUAUGCAAUGGAUCCCGACACCCCCAUCUCCUCCGCAUUUGCUAGCCAUGGGAUGCAAUGGGCAGCUUACAUAAUAGCUGUUGGAACUGUUACUGCUCUCUGCUCAACGUUAUUGGGUUCCAUUCUUCCUCAGCCACGGAUUCUGAUGGCUAUGGCUAGAGAUGGAUUGCUGCCGCCAUUUUUCUCAGAGGUCAAUAUAAAGACUCAAGUUCCUAUGAAGGGCACAAUAGUGACUGGGAUUGGUGCUGCAAUCUUAGCAUUCAUUAUGGAUGUUUCACAGCUGGCAGGGAUGGUCAGUGUGGGUACACUUCUUGCAUUUACCAUGGUAGCAAUAUCUGUAUUGAUACUCAGAUAUGUCCCACCAGACGAGGUGCCAUUGCCUUCAUCUCUUCAGGGGUCAAUUGAUUCAGCAUCAUUAGAAUGUGGAAGGAGUGGCCAGGGCAGUAAUGGAGAACAAUCUAAAUUUAAGGUUGGCACUUCUAUGGAUGAUGAUAAAAAACCUUUACUUGUCAAAGAGGAUGCAUCAGACAUAUUAAAUGAGGAAAACAGGCGGAAAAUUGCUGGUUGGACCAUAAUGCUUACAUGUGUUGGGGCUUUUCUCCUUACAUACGCAGCUUCAAAUUUGGCCCUUCCCAGAUCUCUUCGUUUCUCAUUGUGCGGUGUUGGUGGUACUCUUCUUCUAUCUGGUCUGAUUGUGCUGACCUGUAUAGAUCAGGAUGAUGCGAGGCAUAGCUUUGGGCAUACAGGAGGUUUCAUUUGCCCGUUUGUGCCACUGCUACCUAUUGCUUGCAUUCUCAUCAACAUCUACUUACUGAUUAAUCUUGGAACUGCCACCUGGGCCCGUGUUUCUAUAUGGCUGAUAGUAGGAAUACUGGUUUAUGUAUUUUAUGGCCGAACUCACAGCUCCUUGCGUCAUUCAGUUUACGUGCCUGCAGCUCAUGCUGAUGAAAUCUACAACAGUUCUGUGAGCAGUGUGGCCUAACUUUAACUGUGGAAUGCUGUUUCAGCCCUGUAUAUGAAGGGUCCUCAGUGACCUUGUUUUAUAGAAGAAUCUCUUUGUUGUAUGCUUGAAAUCUUAGACAGUUUAUUCUUUUACUUCUCAUUGUUCGUUACUUUAAAUAUUAUUGUAAAACGGACUGAGAUAUCAGUCUCUCAUUUGUAUAAUAGCUAAUCAUAGGCGGGUGGAUAGGGCCUUGUUCAAAUAAUGUAAAUUGUCUGCAAAUGAACUGUAUUUAUCAAAAAAGGAAAAAAAAAAAAAAAUGCAAAUGAAUUCCUUUUGUA